CUCCGAUUAUUAUUAUGGGUACUACUCAAAGUAGUACUAAUGAUGUUAAUGCUUACACCAACGAGUGAUGAUGAGGAUAAUAAUAUACAUGAUAGUGAUGAUGAUGACCAGCAACAGCAGCAGCAGCAUGAUGAUCAUCCUAGUAUGCUAAUGGCAGUAGAUAGUAGUACUCACAUAGAUGAGGAGAAGACUCUAACUCUAUCAGUGUACUCAAUACUUACUCUAGAAUUACGAGAAGUUGAUGUAUUACCACAUACUGCAUGGAAAGGUUCAUCACAAGGGUUAUUGGGUAUAACAUUACAUUAUGAAUAUGUUGAUGAUGGUAGAGGACAUGGUCUCAGAGUAUUAGAGGUAUUCCCUCAUUCUCCAGCACAUGAUGCUGGUCUAACACCUGGAUAUGAUUAUCUUAUACAAAUGGUAUAUAAUAAUAGGAUACUUAGGGAUAUACAAGAUUUGAAAGAUGAGUGUCAUAAAUACUGUACACUUGAAGAGGAGGAAGGUGUGCACACUUUGAAUGAUGAUAAUAGUCCUGUUGGUGGUCGUCGUCAUACUCUCGAUAUUAGAGUAUAUAAUUCUAAGUUGGGUAGAGUAUGGAUAGCACAUAUUAAACCAUACCAUCAUUGGCCGUCAUCAUCAUCAUCAUCAAGUCAUACUUCUACUUCUGAGGGUUGUCUUCUAGGAUGUGAUCUUGGACAGGGAGUAUUACAUAGGAUACCACCAUUACUACUACCACCACUACAUGAACAUGAUGAUGAUGACUGCAGGCUGACUCAUGGCAUGAAUGAUAAUGAUGAUAGCAGCUUACAUAGAAAGCAGGUGGAUGAGGAGGAGGAGGAAGGAGAAGGAGGGUCCUCCUAUACACCACCACCACUAGGAGAUAGUCGACAACAACAACAGGAGAAGACUGAUGGCCAUGAGGGGAUACCACCACCACAACCACAACCUGAUGAUGAUCAUGUUAGCAAUGAAGGGGGGCGAUCAUAUAUACAGGAGAAGGAGGAGGAACAUGAUUAUCAUCAUGGGGUCAAUGCUCAUGGUCAUCAUCAUGAUGAUGAUGGUGAUGAUGAUGAAGCCGUAGUAGUAGUACCUCCAAAUGGGAGGAGGAAGGAGUCCGACGACGACGACAUGUUGAUAUCUUCCAAUAGGCUACUAUCAAAUGUUAAUGAUACAUCUCCUGUACCCGGUUAUAUCGUGGAAUCCCGUAAUAUUAAUUGAAUAUCAUCACCACCACCUCGAUUCACCAUCAA